GUUUAUGAUCCUCGCCACCAUGCUAACAGUCCUAGUGAUAUACAGGGUAAUAAUAAUCACGUGUCCAAAAGUCAGGCCGAGAAUACUCCAUGCCAAACACAGAAGCAUUCCAAUAGAAGUCUGCAGAGCUUUAUGUCGGAAAGUAGAGAUGGGUGACUGGUGGAUCCUAUUGAUGCUCGGCACUAAUAUGGACCCGAUCAUCUACAGGGAAAUCAUCUCGGAGUUAGCCAAGAAGAUCGAUACAAGUAAUAAUCACUAGCUGUGUAAAUCAAGGAUGUGCGGUACAUUCAGCUAGAAUUUACGAUCCUCUUACCUCACGAAGUUAGGCGUCUGGGAAAUCAGAUGUUGUUUAAACACUUGCAAUUCUCCAAAACUGGAAUCAUUUCUUGCCCCUUCAGAAGGUAAAAUGCAAAACAAGGGCGAUUCAACACUCGUUCCAUUGUAGGAUGCACAGCUAUUCGUUGUGACGGAUUUUGCAAAAGUCAGUUUGAAGCCAAUAUAUUAAUUAUUUUAACAUGUCUAUAUUCAUAUAUAAGACAAGCAAUAAUAAUUUUUCAAAGUUCUUACGACUCUUGGCAUAUCCAAACUUUAUGACGCCUAUACAAGUUUAGGGAAUUGAAAAUAGGUACUUGAGUGAAUAUAGCUACAGUAGCAGGUUGUAUAAUUUUAUAUUUCGAAAGGAUGACUAGCGGUGAUAUCCUAUAUAAGUUCAAAUUUUGUGUUCAAAAAUAUCUACGUAGAAUUUGAAUGAACCUUUAAUCCCGAAAAUAUUUCACAGCCUCAUGUCGCAAUACUACUUUUGCAGAGACAGGUAUUAUAUGUAUACGAGAGAUUUUCGGUAUAGUGUACCGCACAUUCCUGUAAGUGCAAGUAACAAUCUCGAAUGAACAAGAUACUGCCAUAACAGCUCAAAUUAUUAUAAAAAUGAUAUGUUCCCUUUGAAAUGUCCACACCUACAUCUUGGUGUAACAGGUAGAAUUUUCCUAUGGUUCACUGUUUGAACCAUGGCGCUUUUUCUUAAACUGCAUAUUUUCGCGAAAAAAAAAAAAACGUUACAAAAAGAGGAUUUUGAAUUUUGGGAAAACAAACUCUAAUCGAUGGUUAGACGUCUGUCUCCAUGGCAUUCCUUACAGUACUCAAGUUUCAUAAAUAAAAGUGAAACCAUUAAGAGUUGUGGCAUCUAGGUGGCACGUCCCUUUUUUAGAUCUUUGUUCUAAAUCCUUUUCAUCUGAUAAUGUCAUGGUGAGUAUGGAGAUGACUAAAAAACAAUGUUUUCAUUUUUUGUGCAUCUUAUUGUGCAUUUUUCUUCAAUCGGAACUUGUUAACAAAUAUAAGUACAGCUCUGAAAUUGUGUGUGAAUAUUCCUUUUUAUGGAAGAAUGAAACAAGUGAUUACUUUUGUUCUUAGCCCUUUUCCUUUUCGAAGAAACUUUGAUUUUCUCGCAGCAAGUUGGGUUUUCAAGAGAAGCAAAGGUUUUUCGAAAAGAGAAAGUGGUAAGAAUGAAAGUAACCACUUGUGUCAUCCAUCCAUAAAAGUGGAAUGUUCACAUACAAUUUCAGAGCUGUACUAAUGUUUGUUAACAAGUUACGAUCGAAGAAAAAAUCCACAAAGAGCUAUGACUUCAAGCAAUAGAAUACAUAUCCAAAAUUUUCUGACGUGAAA